AUGCCGCCCAAAACUCCAAAAUCUGCCGGCGGGAGAGGCAGAUCUGGAGAUGACACGAAGGAGGACCCUCUGCAGGCCGUCGUCGUCGCGGACACGUUCGAAGACAGAUUUGCACCAUUCACUGUGGAAAAGCCCAGAUGUUUACUGACUUUGGCCAACACUCCGCUCAUUGAAUAUACUCUUGAGUAUCUGGCAAGCGCUGGAGUCCAAGUUGUCUUCCUCUACGCCGGGGCACAUACCGACCAGGUGGAAACGUACAUCGAAGGGUCUCGGUGGAAGGCCUCCAACUCACCUUUUGAGAGCCUGACUAUUCUGAGAUGCGUUGCGAGCUCGGUGGGGGACGUGAUGAGAGAUCUCGAUCAGAAGCACUUGAUGGCGGGAGACUUCAUUGUCGUUAGUGGUGACAUAGUCGCAAAUUUUCCCAUCGAGAAGGCGUUGCGACAGCACAAGGCCCGACGGGAAAAGGACAAAAAUGCCAUCAUGACCAUGGUCCUUCGGGAGGCUGAGCCUGGAAUCCAUGACCACAAUGGCGGAAUAGUACCGACUUUUGUUAUCGAUCCCACCAAGGAUAGAUGUCUGCACUACGAGGAAGCAUUUCCAGGUACUCAGUUCACCUCCCACGUUGACCCCGAACUGUUAAAGACUUCCGAGCUAGAGGUUCGUCAGGACCUCAUUGACUGCAGAAUCGACAUAUAUACGCCGGAUGUUCUUAGCCUGUGGUCAGACAACUUUGACAACCAAUCGCCUCGAAAAGACUUUCUUUUUGGCGUUUUAAAGGACUGGGAACUGAAUGGGAAGACAAUCCAUACAUAUAUUGUGAAGGACCAUUACGCCGCCCGAGCUGCAGACUUUUGGUCGUACAACGCCAUAUCGCAGGAUAUGAAGCAAGGAGUAAUCGCAUCAAUAGCGGUGGAAAAUAACGUCUUCGGCGACACACACUACGCCCGUUCGCAGAAUGGGGUCAUUGUCGACAAAAAGGUCAUUUCAGCCAAACCCACAAAACUCGAAGCAGGCACAAUCAUCGGUCCGGAAACUGCCAUCGGCGCAGGAUGCGUCAUAAGGAGCAGUGUACUCGGCCAAAGGUGUAAUAUCGGAAGGAAUACCAAAAUUGACGCUGCCUACAUCUGGGACGAUGUGUCUGUUGGCAACAAUGUCAAAAUUUCCCGCGCUAUCAUCGGGAACGAGGCCUUCAUCGGUGACGAUUGCAUCAUUGAAGAAGGUGUUCUGAUUUCCUUCGGCGUUAAGAUCGCCGCUGGUACUACGGUCCGUGCGGGUUCAAGAAUCGUCAAAUCACAGCGAGGAGCAGAUGGGCAGAUGAAGAAUGACACCUUGAUUGUUGGCGAUGCAGGAGAAGGCCAUGCUUAUGUCGAGGACGAGGAAGACUAUCUGAGUUCGAGACUCUCGAAGUUGGUAUAUGACAGACCAGACUUCGCCGAUUCAGUAUCUACUCUCGAAUCGGACAUAUCUGAAGACGAAAUCUCCUCGCUGGGCGGAUCGCGAAGCCAAAGCUUUGGCGAUGAAUCCACCGACCGGUUUCAACACGACACAGUGGCGAUCCUCAUCCAACGAAUGCAAGAACGGAAGCAUGUGGAUGAUAUGCUUAGCGAACUGAUGGGUCUGAGGUUUAGUGGAGGGGCAGAUGAGACACAGGUCCGUAAGGCAGUCGCAGUGGCGCUCAUGAAGCACAUCCACGGGGAAAUCGAGGCUGGAGUGUCCGCGGCAGAAGCGACCAGGCGGAUCCUUGCGGCGUACAACCCACUUAUUCGCAGAACAGGUGCAGAGCAGGCUACCGAAGAGCAAGUGUCGUUUCUUCUCGAUGCUCAAAAAGAACUAUCCAAGCGGAAAGACGGUGGCAAGACUCUGUUAUUCGUUGUCAAAGAUCUCUAUGAUCUUGAGGUGUUUGGGGAGGAAGCAUUCACGGACUGGUGGGCUGAUGAAAGAUCCAACAAUGAACCAGAGAUGGCAGCGGUGAGACAGCCAAGUUCACAAUUUAUUGACUGGCUGGAAAACGCCGAGAGCGAGAGUGAAAGCGAGGAAGAAGAUGACACCGGUGCGGCAAAGUCCCUCAAGAGAUCCGCCCCUCCUGCGCAGCGUCUGUCCACUCCCAUCACCGAGCCCGGCUCGCCGUCACCGAAAGCCAUGGAUUCGGAAGACGAAUUUAUGUCAGAUCCACCGAGCGGGGACGAGAUUGAUUUCGAUGAAGGCACACAAGACAGCGAUAUUGCCAGUUUAGCCGGCGACUUUGAGCAAGACCAGGAUGGUGGCUUUGGCUACGAGAAAGACAUCCUUACGAACCCGCAAAAACCCUACGAAGUCGAAUACAAAGUUCUGAGUCCAGAGGAUAUCCAAGCCCAGCAGGAACAACAGUUCAAGGAGGUUUCAUCCAUCAUCGAGCUGCCCGUGGAACAGACCGCUAUCCUGCUUCGAUUCAUGAGAUGGAACAAGGAGAAGCUGAUUGAAUCAUACAUGGACAACCAAGACAAAGUUCUCGAGGCUGCUGGGCUGGGACCCACGUUUGCAGAGGCCCCAAAGACACAGAAGGUCAAGGGUUUCACUUGCGAGAUCUGCUUCGAGGACUCUCCAGACCUGGUCACGUAUGCCAUGAAAUGUGACCACAGAUAUUGUACCAACUGUUAUACCCAAUACCUUACACAGAAAGUCAAGGAGGAAGGGGAAGCCGCUAGAAUCGAGUGCCCCUUCGAUGGCUGCCAUCGGAUUGUGGACUCCAAAUCCUUGAAGCUGUUGGUCGACCAGAGUGUCAUGGACCGCUAUCACGUCCUGCUCACUAGAACUUAUGUGGACGACAAGGACAGUCUGAAAUGGUGCCCGGCUCCUGAAUGUGAAUAUGCCGUGGAUUGUCCUGUGAGAAAACGCGACCUCAGUCGGAUUGUCCCCACCGUUCGCUGUUCCCACGACCAUCUGUUCUGCUUUGGAUGCACGCUAGCCGAUCACCGUCCGGCGCCUUGCGCCCUCGUCAAGAAGUGGCUGAAGAAGUGCGAGGAUGAUUCGGAAACUUCCAACUGGAUAUCGGCCAACACAAAGGAGUGUCCCAAGUGUAAUUCGACCAUCGAGAAGAAUGGAGGUUGCAAUCAUAUGACGUGCCGGAAAUGCAAACACGAAUUUUGUUGGAUGUGUAUGGGCCCUUGGUCGGAGCAUGGAACUAGUUGGUACAAUUGCAACCGAUUCGAGGAGAAAUCAGGAGCGGAUGCUCGUGAUGCUCAAGCACGGUCUCGACACUCGUUGGAGCGCUACCUGCAUUACUACAACCGUUACGCCAACCACGAACAGUCGGCGAAGCUUGACAAGGACUUGUGGCUCAAGACCGAAAAGAAGAUGACCAGCCUUCAAUCCCAGUCUAAUAUGUCGUGGAUCGAAGUUCAAUUUCUUGACAAUGCCUCCAAAGCCCUGCAAAAUUGUCGUCAGACCUUGAAAUGGACCUACGCCUUUGCUUUCUAUCUUGCUCGCAACAACAUGACCGAAAUCUUCGAGGACAACCAAAAGGAUUUGGAAAUGGCAGUGGAAAACCUGAGUCAGAUGUUUGAGAAACCAGUGCAAGAGCUCGGACAUCUGAAAGUUGAGAUCCUUGACAAGACGACAUAUUGCAACCGGAGGCGGGAGAUUCUGUUGAGUGACACGGCUGAAAACUUGAAGAAAGACCAAUGGAAGUUCAAUGUCGAGAUAUGA